CAUUCAAACUUCAAAUGGACCUGGUUUCAUACUUGCCUGACGUAGGUUGGAUAGAGGUCGUUUGUCAGAGAGAGAGAGGGAUGGAGAGAGAGGGGGAUUGAGAAAAAGAGUGAUCACAGAGAGACUUACUGAAGAAUCUCCUAACUAGUGCUGGAGCGUGGUCUGUACGUCUGUUUGUUUUCUUAAUGGCUCAGUGCAGCUCAGAGCAGACGAAAGGGGAUAAUGGAGCUGGCAGGUGUAAAUAGCUGCCCGUAGGCCCCCCUAAUACCACUAAAUCUAAUUAAAAGCAGAGCAUCCCUCUGAUGGUCAAGAGUGUGAGCUUAUCCUCGUCUGUGUCUCAUUCUCUGAGUCUCCAAAACAUCAACCUGACCUCCAGUUACCCCAAGUGGAUCCUAUCAUAUUGUGUCUCUAGACCCUUCGGAUCUCUCUGGGCGGUUACAUUGAAGUGUCCCUCAUCUUUCUCCAGGUCCACCAUGUCUGAUGGAGAAGAUGGGGUCCCUCAGGAGGGUAAGAGGGCUUGUGUUUCCUUACCGUCUCCAAACAUCUUCCCACCACUAGCUUCUCCUCACACGUUCGUUCUUCUUCUCUCUCAUCCGUUGUUCUCCAGAGGACGAGGAGCCGGCGGAAGGUCUGAACUCCCCUCUUGGUUUGAACUAACCCUUCAUUCAUCCUAAUCAAACCUACCAAACUCAAAGUAACUCACACCAACAGGCCUAAUGCUUGAUCCGUCUGUAUUGUGGAGUUUGCACAUGGCUGUGAUGGGAUCCAGGAGGUGAGGAGGUGGGGUUAGACUGGCUUCAGUUCUUCUGUUGUGGAUAUCUCAUCUCCUCUGUCUUGGCAGGUGAAGGAGAACGUCCCAAACAGAAGCCCCCGGUGUCCCAACUUGCGGCCCCUAAGAUCCCAGGGGGCGACCGGGUGGACUUUGAUGACAUCCACAGGAAGCGCAUGGACAAGGACCUGCUGGAGCUCCACACGCUCAUCGACGUCCACUUCCACCAGCGGCGGAGGGAGGAGGACGAGAUCGUCGCACUCAAAGACAGAAUAGAGAACCGACGUUCGGAGCGCGCCACGGAGCAGAGGGUUCGAGCGGAGAAGGAACGACACCGCCAGGCCAGGAUAGCGGAGGAGCGCCAGAGGAAGGAGGAAGAGGAGGCGAAGAAGAAGGCAGAGGAUGACGCCAAGAAGAAAAUGGUCCUCUCCAACAUGGGAGCUCACUUCGGCGGCUUCCUGGCUAAGAUAGAGCAGAAGCGAGGGAAGAGGCAGACGGGCAGGGAGGUGAAGACGAAGACGCUAGCAGAGAGACGCAGACCGCUGGUCCUCGACAACCUGAAGGAGGACGCCCUCAGAGAGCGAGCGGCUGAGAUGUGGAGCAGGAUCCACCUGUUGGAGUCUGAGAAGUUUGAUCUGACAGAGACCACCAAGAAACAGAAAUAUGAGAUCAAGGUGCUGUUGAACAGAAUCCAACAUGCUCAGAAAUUUAAAAAGGUUCACGGGAAGGGAAAGGUCGGAGGUCGUUGGAAGUGAUGACCUUUGACCUGCUGGACGUGACCCCCGACAGAUGAAGAGAAACACUUUAAUAGAAAUAUGUAGUUUAAUUGUAGAGUUAAAAUGUCUUGCUGUGCAAUAUUAUAUGAUAUUAUAGCGUCAAUACAAUAUUUCUGUAACUAAAUGUGUGUUGUUCUGUUUGAGUGUCUCUGUUCAUCUACGCAUUGUCCAAUAAAAGAGGAAGACUUAUGGUGA